CUUCCUCCUCCUCUUCCUCGCUGUAGCAGCCAACUAGGCAGGCCAAGUUGCAGAGUGCAGCUCAGCCUCCUCGACCGCGGCUGCUAACCGCCGGGGGUCCCUGCAGAGGAGCGCCCGCGCCUCCAUGUGCGUGUCCUGCGCUGCGUGCUGAGAUCGCGCCGCCCGCUCCCCCCCCAAUUCGCCGUCCGUCCGGCCAGCCCCGUCACCCAGCCAGCCCGCCACCAUGUCCAACCCCAACCACGACCCGUUCUACUCGUCCCCUUUCGGACCCUUCUACAGGAGACACUCGCCCUACAUGGUCCAGCCCGAGUACCGGAUCUACGAGAUGAACAAGCGCCUGCAGACGCGCACCGAGGAAAGUGACAGUUUGUGGUGGGACGCCUUCGCCACGGAGUUCUUCGAGGAGGACGCCACGCUAACGUUGUCCUUCUGCCUAGAAGACGGACCAAAGAGAUACACCAUCGGCCGGACGCUGAUCCCCCGUUACUUCAGCACGGUGUUCGAGGGCGGCGUGAGCGAGCUGCACUACAUCCUCAAACACUCCAAGGAGUCCUUCCACAACUCGUGCAUCACGCUGGACUGCGAUCAGUGCACCAUGGUCACCCAGCACGGCAAGCCCAUGUUUACCAAGGUUUGCACGGAGGGUCGCCUGAUCCUGGAGUUCGCCUUUGACGACCUGAUGAGGAUCAAGACGUGGCACUUUACCAUCCGCCAGUACCGGGAGCUCAUCCCACGCAGCAUCCUGGCCAUGCACGCACAAGACCCUCAGGUGCUGGAACAACUGUCCAAAAACAUCACGCGCAUGGGUUUGACCAACUUCACCCUCAACUACCUCAGGUUGUGUGUCAUCCUGGAGCCCAUGCAGGAGCUGAUGUCCAGACACAAGACGUACAACCUCAGCCCGCGGGACUGUCUCAAGACGUGCCUGUUCCAAAAGUGGCAAAGAAUGGUAGCCCCGCCAGCUGGACACCCGCAGAACUUCAAAACGGAAAUAUUCCCCAGCAAUCACAAAAAAGGUCGCGCCAAAGCUGAGCCCGCCCGACAGACCACCACCAAGAGGAGGAAACGGAAGAACUCGGCCAGCAGCGCCAACAGCGGCGUGGGCGCCGCCGCCGGCAAGAAGCGAAGCCCCGCCACCAACUUCAGCCUCUCCAGUCAGGUACCUGACGUGAUGGUGGUGGGCGAGCCGACCCUGAUGGGCGGCGAGUUCGGGGACGAGGAUGAGCGUCUGAUCACGCGCCUGGAGAACACGCAGUACGACGCCACCAACGGCCUGGACGACGAGGACGACUUCACCAGCUCGCCGGCGCUGGGCAACAACGGGCCCUGGAGCAGCAAGGCACCCAACGUCGGCCAGGACAGCAAGGCCGAGAGCGUGCCGCCGCAGGCCUCGCAGUAGGAGACCCGAGGACACGCACAUCAGCCAACGGUGGACGUUCUCUUCUUUUUCUUUUUCUUCUUCUACUUUUCUUGGAGAACACUGACAGCAGCAAUAGCCAUGUCUCCUGGACGCUUCACAGAAGAAGAAAAAACACAAAGCGGUCUGCCAUUCAAAUGUAAAAAUGUAAAAAAAAACAAAAAAUAGCAAGGUGUGGACAUCUUUUCUUUCCGAUUGUGUCUCCGGAGUGAGAAUAGCUCUGUUGGCUGUGAUUUGGUUGACCUGCGGGUCACGUGUCAUCACAGAAGAAGAAGGUGUUUUGUUGUUUUUUUGUUGCUGUUGUUGUUUUUGGUUUCUUUUAAAGCCACCAGCCGAGGACGCGCGAGCACAUGUGGAGACAAACCUCAGCUUAUUACGUCGCAAAAUUGUUUUAUUCCUACUUCCAAUUAGCGGGAAAUAACAGUCGUCUGCCACUACGGACAAAAUCGUGUCUCUGGAUUGUUUUUUUUGUCCCCCUCUUCCAACCCUCCCCACACUCGCAUCACAGAUUGUGAUUUCAUGCAAAGCAGCUGGAUUGUAUUCCUGGCUCAAGGUUGUCAUUCUGCACAUCACCUUUGCAGACAUGAUGCUUUCUUUUUUUCAAGACAAUGUAACUCUUGUCCCUUUAAUACUCCCAAACUGAUGCUUUUCCUGCAUGAUUUUUAUAAGAUUUAAGUUGAAUUUGACUUCAUUUGAUACAUGUGCUUUAUAAAAACGACAACACUCUUUUGGGUUGAUCAGUUUUGGAAGACUAAGAAGGUUUGUAGCUCUGUAAAUAGAGGUUGAGUCUAUUUUGAAACCAGUCUGGAUAUGGCAGUUUUGUUUUGAACAAGGGGCUGUGCUUUCUGCAGGGGUGGGUUUGGAUUUACAGCUCAUACCUACACACACACACCCCGACCUCUUUCGCUAGUGAAGAACCAAAGCCACAAAGUCGAAAACGACAUCGUCAUGUUUCCUGUAUAUUUUGUGACGACACAGGUGCAGAUAAAAAGUCCAAAUCCACCCUGCAGAAACCAUGCGGCUUUUUUGUAUUUGUGUGUUCAAAAUGCUCAAGAUUCAUUAACACAUGCACACACCCAGGUCUCUUUUUGGUUGAACUUCCCAGAAGACGAGAGGUGCAUGUCUUCACACAAUUGGUUAUUUAUUUGUGCAUUUUGUAAGGAAGCUAACACAUUUCUGGAUAUGUUUGAGCCUAGUAUUAUUAGACACCGUUUGUACAUUAUAUAGCAGAGGUGUUCCGUGUCAUAUCUGAUGUCUGGUAUGUAUGCUUUACCAUUAUGUGUGCCAAUAAACCGUGCUUAUAAAGGACCGGUGUCUUGUACCUCGCUGGUGGUUCUCAAAUCAUGUUUAUCGCUUUUAAUAACAAGACUAUUUGGUUAUAUGGGAAAAUGUCGGCAUGGGAAACCAAUAACAGCAAGUAAUGGGGAAAUAAAUAAGAAUAUUUUCAGAUGGCGGAGACUUUCCUGCAUGACUCCAGGCUGGAAUGAGAACACACACAUGGAUUCUAGGGCUCUGCUCAGCUAACUUCUGUUGUUGGGUAGAAUUGACUUGCAGCAGGACUCGGUGGAUCUUUGGCGACAC